UGUCAGGAUGGCGGAGGUUAAUGCUGAAUCACUGCACUUCUCCAUCGGGAUCCUCGGAAUAUCUGGAGGUUCUUUGCUGCUUCUGGUGAACUACUAUGCAAGCUCUCCAGGCCAACCCUUCAUCACAGACACAGCUUUAGGAGUUGUGCUUCUAAUAUUCUCUAUUCUGCUGGCUUAUGCAGGGGUACAACGACGCCAGUCCCACAGUUCUCUAUGUGCUAGUUUGUGCCUGACUGUCUCAGCCCUCUGGUGUGGUUCAGGGUUAGUACACAUACUAACCGGUGAGAAAGUAAUCAGUGGCACAAAUGGGCUGAGAGAUGCCAUGGUGCCCGGGCUUGCCGCUUUCACCCUGGCACUGCUUGUUAUUUUCAUCGUGGCUGUUCUCCAGCAUGAGGUGGUGCUGUCAUCCAUAGCCCUCACUAUAUGUUUAGCAUGUGCCCACCAGAUUGCCGGUAUUGCCGAUUUGACCUUCGGACAGGCGGCUACUGCCGCCUGCUACCUCAUGGCCUGUUUAGUGGGUGCUUACUUUGGAAGCGGGCGUUUGUUGUCUUAUAUCACGCAGAGAAAGAUCCAGCUAACUGGAACAGGUUUUUUUAGUAAAGACAGUGCAAAACCAUUACAGAAUCAAGAGGCCAAUGAUGUCGCUGCAGUUGGAAUAAUCAUGAAUUUGUUGUCGGCUAGUGUACUAGCAUGUCCUUUGCUUGGUGUGGUCCCUAGACUUUUCUCUGGCCAUGUCCCAUGGUUGUGGACCGCUGGCGUUUUCCAAUUGGGCAUCUGUGUUAAGAGUUACAGAGUGAUGGACACCAUGGCGGCCACUUUUUACGGUUUCACAUCUAUUUUACGGUUCACAGAGGGUUAUACCGCCCUAGUUGCCGACUUAACAGAACAAGUACCCUAUUCCCCAGUACCUUUUCCAGUUGUAUUGUCUGUGCUGUUUUUUGUUCUAGCUUUGUUUAGCUUCCAAGGAGGACUUUUGAACGCCAUCUACCAAUUGUUCUUUGUGGCGUACUGCAUAGCCAUUGCAGCCGAACCCCGAAGCUUCUUUCAGAGGGGAACGCAAGGUGUACAGGCCGCUAUUUUUGUUACUUCUGGCUUUGUGCUUUUUAUAACCCUUUAUAACUUGGUUUCACCAAACAAGAUACCUACUGGUGCGGGUAUAAUUAAGAACUUAUUGGCUCGCAGUAAUAAAUUCGUCCUCCAAACUCAUGGCAAAGAUCUUCAUGCUCCCUAUCUGGGCUUUUCGAAAUAUGCAGAUGCUGAAGUGUUGGGCCAUGGCUGCAGCGUCCUGGCUGCAUUUUCAAUAACAGCAUCGGUUACUAGUGGAAACCCAUUGGCAAUUCUGAUUCUACCUUGGGCUGUGGUGUCAGGCGGUGUGUUGCACUUGUUAUGUGGUUCUGUUGCAUUUGCGCGAGGCAAGACCCUGGAGAGCACCACUUUCAUCCUUUAUGGUAUCAUGUGGACAGUGUGGGGACUGACGCGCUUCGGUGGCCUCUAUGGUGACGUCCGUGGCCUGCACAUAGCUGUGGGAAUCAUCAGUUUUAUGCUCUUCAACGUUUUGGUGACAGUUGGCACUCUGUUUCUCAACAAGGCUUGGUUCAUCUAUGCCUUCACGUUCCAGCUCAUCUUGAUUAGCUUUUUACUGGAUGCAGUAGGUGUGCUGCCCUACGGUUACGAUAUUGGCGUGACCAUUAUCUUUGGGCUAGUGAGUUUCUACAUCUUCUUUGCCAGCAUUUUCAACUGCACCUUUAAAAGCCCACAAAUUCCAUUUGGAGAUCCUUUGAUCAAGCUGAGGGGCUUUGGAGGAGGCAAGGACAGCUGCCCGCACCUUUCAGCCAAGAAAUCUUCAUCUGUUCAACAGAUUGCAGAGAUCAUGAAGAAUGGCGGAAUAUGUGGGAUGCCCACUGACACGGUCUAUGUUCUUGUAGCAGCUUGCAAUCGUCCACAGGCUGUUGAAAAAGCCUAUAGGGUGAAGAAACAGGCAAAAGAGCGUCCCAUGUCCUUAUGGAUUUCUUCCUUAAAGCAGUUGGAGCCGGUCAGACAACAGAUCAGCCCUAUUCUCUGGAACUUUAUGGAGGCUGCCUGGCCAUCUUCCAUUAGCUUAGUAAUAGCUAGAGCACCAUGGAUGGAAUUCUUUGGAUUGGGCGACUCAUCCAAAUACAUUGGCACACCACAGAGCAUAGCCAUAAGAAACCCAGAUUGUAGUGUAGCUACACAUCUCAUAAAUUUGGUGGGCCCCAUUGCUGUCACAUCUGCUAACCCAACCGGUGAGGCAGACACAACACAUCAUAAUCAAGUUCAUGCCAAACUGGGCGACAAGGUAGAUGGAGUGCUGUGCGAUGGGCCGUCACCAGAGAAUAUCGCCUCUACCGUGGUCGACUGCACCAAAAUUGAGAGUGGACAGAUCGGAUUCUUCCGUGUCGGUCUUAUUCCUAAAUCUAAGGUUCUUCAGAUCUUCGAGGAGAUUCAGAAGAGUUACAGACAUGGUCAGCUGAACGCAGCGUUUGAGUCAGACAUCACAGACCCUCACAGAGAUCUGACCGUUUCUCAGACAGACUUCUCAGAGACGAACACAGACUCUGGUAUUGGUCAUGUGACCCCUGCAGACUGGCAGAACUCUCUAGAUUCGGAUGAGUCUCAAUAGAUACUGACAUUAAUAUUUUAACGUGUUUUGAAAUGUACAACCUAUUUGCACAAAUGGAUUGGGAAACAAUGAAAUUACUUUACAGGAUUGUAUUUUAAUUGAUGUUGGUAAUUAUGUUAACUCUAUGACAGAUUAUAUUACCAUAUUGUAACAUUUUUGUACAACAUCGUCAUAUACAUCAUUUCAGUUGUGGUUUUCUUAUUACAAUACUAGAAAGUAUUUUAUUUAUUUUUAUUUUUUUUAUUCUUAUAAAGGAAAUGCAAUUUCACAAAAUGGCUAAAUUAUGCAUAUUCUGAAAU